GGUUAGGGGUGGGGCCAUGAUGCGUGAAACAAUUGGCACAUUGUCAUCGGUUGUUUCGCUUCAUCCACGGAACAUUAAUUUUACUGUCCGCAGGGAACAAGAAGAGGAAAAGUUACCUGUAGGACAGCAGCUAAUUAGACGGAAAGAAAGUGUCUUUUUGCUGUGUUCUUGGUUAGAGGACGAAAGAGUUUGUGUUUGCGAGACUCGUCGAGCUCGAUAAGACUUUCGUUUAGGGAAAACUUCGGUCUCCUUUUCGGUCGCAGUGCUUCGCCUCGCCGUCAUGUCAAACAACAGCGCCAGCAGCAGCAACCUCAUUAUCGCCCAAAAAGCGGUUAAACAGCUCCGUCUGGAAGCCAGUGUGCGGAGGAUCAAGGUGUCCCAGGCCGCAACAGACCUGAAGAACUUCUGCCUCCAGAAUGCACACAAGGACCCCCUUCUCAUGGGUGUGCCCUCCAGCGACAACCCCUUCCGGCCCCCCAAGUCUUGUGCCCUCUUCUGAGCUGAUCGCAGAGGACGCCAGGGCCUCUCCUGAGCAUCUCUCCUGGCCUGUUCACUCCACUCUCCCACUGAAGACAUUUCCUGGAGGCCUGCACCCCCCCACCCCUCCCCCCACCCC